CGGUUCUCGAGCACUCCUGGAGAUCAGCGGAAGACAUCCCCGACUCUACUCAGCCAUGAAGUACUUCGUUGUUGCCCUCGUAGUGGCCUUUGCCGCGGCUUCCUCCGCAGCGGCCGUUCCCGAAGGGGUCCAGCCGCAGAAGUUGAUGCCGGUGGAGCCUGCGGUAGCCCCGCAAGCGGAAGCGGAAAACGUCGCCAGGGACAAGAGAGGAUUCCUCCUGAGCACUUACACCGCACCCGUGGCUUACAGCUCGUACGCGGCUCCGUACUCGUACUCUUUGGGCUACAACCUUCCAUACGCCUACUCGUACCGCUCCUACCCCUACGCAUACAGCAGCCCCUACAUCUACGGCUAGACCCUGAAGAAGGAUGGACCCCCUGCGAAGACAACCCAGCCCCCCACUACCCGAGGAAAAAUAAGGAAUCCGCCCAGACCGUCAUCGACAACGUGGUACCACGGCAGGGCAUCCCGCCAUCUCGAAGAGGAUGAUCAUCCCCGAAGAACCUCUUGACGUCGACACCCAUGUCCAACUCUGACCUACAAUUUUCGUAAACGAUCGCGUUCCUGUUCUCGACGUUAAGACGGAAUAAAGCUUAUCCUUACUUGUAGUGA